AUGACCAUGACCGUGACCAUGGAUUCCUCGGAGGCGUCGUCGUCUCCUUCCAAGAGGGGCCUCCGGGGGCCGCGGCCGCAGCCGCUGAAGGUGUCGGCGUCGUCAAGGGGGUCGUCGCCGACGGCGUCCAAAUCCAGCUCCACCAAGAAGCCGGUGAUCGUGUACGAGCACACGCCCAAGGUCGUCCACGCCAGGCCGCAGGAGUUCAUGACCGUCGUGCAGCGGCUCACCGGCAAGCAGCCCGCGCCCGCCGCCACGUCGUCGUCCUUGCCGCCGUGCGUGCCAGCAGGCUUCUCGCCGGCGGCGGCGGCCGAGGCGGGCGGCGACCCUCUGCUGCUCACGCUCGGGCAGCACCAGGCCGCGCCGGCGCCAACACCGACGACGCUGCCGUCGCCCAUGGCGGCCGGGCUGCUUCUGCCCCCGGGCUUCAUCUUCUCCCCCAACACCAUGCAGGCCAUCCAUGAGCUCAGCCCCUUGUUCUAG